AUGAGCCGCCCGGAAGACAUUGGUUAUGACUUCGAGGUCAAGGAACAAGAUCGUUGGCUCCCCAUUGCGAAUGUCGCGCGUAUCAUGAAGACCGCCCUUCCCGAGAAUGCCAAGAUCGCAAAGGAGGCCAAAGAGUGCAUGCAAGAGUGCGUGAGCGAAUUCAUCUCAUUCAUCACCAGCGAAGCUUCUGAAAAGUGCCAGCAGGAGAAGCGAAAAACAGUCAAUGGAGAAGACAUCUUGUUCGCAAUGACCUCGCUGGGAUUUGAGAACUAUGGCGAGGCAUUGAAGAUCUACCUUGCGAGGUACCGAGAG